AUGAGCAUCGCAACGUUCGAUUCCGUGGUGGAAUUAACACGACAUCUUCUACAAUGCAAUGCGUCGGCGGUUACUCUGAUACUCUGUUUGACCCGAGAGACCUUUGUCGACGAGUUAUACGCGGAUAUACAAGCUCAGUCUAUUCUUGUACCACGAGAGCGAUGCAGUCCACCAGCGGAAGAAGACCUUAAGGAAGAAAACAACCAUGCAGAAGACUACCAUGGAGGAAAAGCCCAUAAAGAAGAAGACACCCAUGAAGAAGAAUAUGAGAAUAACCACUGGAUGCUCUCGAAUACGCUCGGGCUACUGUCCCGCUCUGAGAAAAUACGGGUUGUCUUUUGUCCCACCAUCGAGCAUCUCAGGGCAUACCUAGGUGGCUCUUUCAGGGUGCGCAGGACACGAGAUGGACAGGAAGGGGACAAUCUGUACCAAGACAAUGCUGUGCUUACAAUAGUCAACCUGGUCUCCAUCCAUUCUUCUACUAUCGAGUUCUCCGCGCAGGGACUAUCAAGGACGGCUGCCCUGGCCGUGGAGGCUGCCGCGAGAGAGCAAGUAAGGCUAGUCUUAUGCGAAUGCAAAUCCGUCCUAGACGCAGGACAGCACGGCUCUAAUAUAUGGGAUGUAAAAGUUCCGCUUUUGAAUUCGAUUACCAGAUCAACGGGGGAAGAAGGGCUGCCUGGCGUCAAAACCAUACAAGUGAAGCAGGUCAUGAAGAAGUGGUUUCGGUUUGAAUAG